AUGAGUUAUCGCGAGCACGAGAACAAGAUGAGCAUCCACUCCAGCACCCGCAGACUCGCUCGCUGCUUCGGCCUCAACCAGUGCAUGUCGAGGUCCAGCAACUCGAUCAGCAGGGUCUCGCCCCAUCUCCUGAACGCUAUUCUUGCUGCCACCCAACGCCUGGAUUUCUCGCUUUCCCCUUCGAAAUCGAUCGCUAAACUCAAAGCACAUCGCUGGAGUCUCAAGGGAGAUGCCCAAUACUUCAUCAUGAUCACCGUAUCUGGUCUAAGCCUGUGGUUUUGUGGGCUUCACUGGUUGAUCAAGAUUGGACUGAUAAUCUUAUACACAACCGCCCUGCUCGUCCCCCUCACAUCCCAGUUCUUCCUGCCCGCCUCGCCGAUCUUCACAUGGGUGAUCCUAUUCUUCUCGAACCGCUACAUCCCCAUGUCCUUCCGCUCCAAGAUCCACAUCUGGGUCUCCAUCCUCCCCACCCUCGAGUCCGUCCUCUACGGCGCCAACAUCUCCGACAUCCUCACCCGCUACACCCACCCCCUCCUCGACAUCCUCGCCUGGCUCCCCUACGGCGUCCUCCACUUCGUCCUCCCCUUCGUCGUCGCUAUCUUCCUCUUCGUCUUCGGCGGCCCCGGCGCAGUCAAGUUCUAUGGCAAGGCCCUCGGUUACAUGAACCUCUCCGGCGUCGUCAUCCAGAUCUUCUUCCCCUGUGCACCGCCUUGGUACGAACUCAGCCACGGGAUCACGCCUGCGAACUACGACAUGCCCGGCGAGGCGGGCGGUCUGGCCCGGAUCGAUGCCAUCUUCCACUCCCAGGGGUACACAACCACCUUCCGAAACUCGCCAAUCGUCUUUGGGGCCUUCCCCAGCCUGCAUGCUGGCUUCGCGACACUCGAAGCCCUCUUCCUCUCCCAUUAUUUCCCGAGAUGGAGGGUGUUCUAUUGGACGUAUGCGUUCAUACUCUAUUGGAGUACGAUGUAUCUCACACAUCAUUAUCUGGUUGAUUUGGUAGCAGGGGGGGCCUUAGCGGUGGCCUCGUUUUAUCUAUUCCUGACCGAAGACCAACGGCAUCUGCCGAUGUUGAAUGCCUCGAUAGCGGGAGAAGAAGACUCGAUAGCCAAAGGGUACCAUUCAGGCAUCCGCGGCAUGCUCGGCCAUCGGGGCGCCAACGGCACCUGGAGUCGGAUCAGACAUAAUGAUGGUACCGAGGACCCCGCAGAGGACUUCGAGUUCGAUCAUCUCUUCUUGGACGAUCAGCUUCGGUUGAGAGACGAGGAGGAACUACUCGGCGAUCGGUCUGCAACUGGACUGCGGAAAACUUCUUUGGAUACCCUCCCAUAA